AUGGAAAGAUUAUAUUCAAUUACAAAAAUUAAAUAUCUUUUUGGUUUUAUUAUAUUUCUUUCAAUUCUUUUAUUUAUUUAUCAAAUUAAUUAUAAAUUUGAAUCGAUUUCUGAAAAAUCUUUUCAAAAUACAUCAAUAUUAAUUAAAAGAUCCGAAAUUGAAUUACUUUUAUUAUAUGAAAAAGAAUUGUCUCGUAUGGAAAAAAAUUUAUUUCAACCAAUUUUUCAUAAUUAUUAUUUGAAAUUAAAAUUAAAUUUAACAUCAAUAGAAAAAAAUCAUUUAAUUUAUUUUAAUAAUGGUUCCAAAGAUAAUAUUAAUUGUCUUAAAAUAACAUGUUUGAAAUAUUUAAAUGAUAAAAAAAACUUUUAUCCAAUCUGUCAUAUUUAUUUAAACUUUCAUGUGAAAAUAUUCAAUUUUAAAGAAUUAAAUUUAAAUUUUUUAUCAAAAAAAUCAAAUUGUUUAUUAUCAUUAACAAAUACAUCUGAUAUUAUAUUUCUUGAUAUUCAUCAAAUGUUCUUCGCUAAUGAUAAAUUUCGUUUUACUUAUCAAUGGUCAAAUUUUAAACAAGAAAAAUUAUUUUCUUGGUCUCAAUGGCCUUUAACAAUGAAAUGUUUAAAUUCAACUUUAAAUAAUUUACUUCAAAAUAAAAAUCAAUUUUCAAAAUUAUAUUUCAAUUCUUUUCAAUGUUCUCUUGUAAAUACUUUAAUUCAUUCAACAUCCCGAGAACUAUAUAUUAGAGAACAAGAAAUUGUUUCAUAUUGGCUUGAUUUACAAAAUAAUAUAUCAAUAUAUGAAAAAUUUUCAAAUAAAUCAAUAAGAAAAAGACGUCUUGUACCAUUUGAAAUAGCAAAAAAUACUCAAGUAUGUUCAAAAAAAUUUCAAAAUUGGAUUUUAAAUUAUCAAAAAUGGCAUGAAAAUAUUAGUUUUCUUAUUAGUAAUCGAACAAUAACAUUUGAAAAACAAUUUCAACGUAUAAUUGAACUUAAUGUUCGUUUUUUAAUCUAUGAAAAAUGUUCAUCAGGUAUUGCUGAUCGAAUAACUCAUUUAAUAUCAACUUAUUUAAUAGCUUUAUUAACAAAACGUUUAUUUAUAUUUGAUAAAAAUUGGUCAGAUUUUAUAGAUGUUAUGCAAUCAAGUUUAAAUUAUCAAUCAGAAUUUGUUAUUCCAUGGUUUUCUCGAUUUGAUUUUAUUAAGAAAAAUUUACCUUUAAAUAUUCAAAAUACUUUAACUAUAAACAAAUAUAUGUUUUCUUUUAAUCGUUUUAAAACAGAUUAUGAUUAUGAAAAAUAUUGUCCUGAACGUAUUGUUAUAUUUAGAAGUCAUACAGGAUGUAUUAUACAUACAAUUACAUCUAAUACAAGUAUUUAUAGAAAAUUUCUAACUAUAGAUCUUGAAAUGAAACCAGAAAAUAUUUUUGGAUGUCUUUAUCAUUCACUUUUUACUUAUCAUUUAUCAGAAUUGAUGAAAAGAAUUUCAUUAACUUCUACAAAUAUUCAAUUAGGUCAUUCAUUUCAACAAAUUUUACAAACACUUUUAUCAUCGAAAUUUUUUCCAAUUGGAAUUCAAAUUCGUGCUGGAGAUCGAGCAAUGAAAAGAUUAGAUUCUGUUCUUAGUGAAGAAAAAAUUCUUAAAAAAUUUCAAAACUAUUUUACAUGUUCUCAACAAAUAAUUAACAUAAAUAAAAAAUUAUUUCGUAAAAAAAAUCAAAUUCCAAUUAUUUUUCUUGUAUCUGAUGAUUAUCAAAUACGUCAAGCUGUUUUAAAACAUUGGAAAUUUUCAUUAGAAUGUUUUCAAUCAUAUGAAAAUCAAUGUCAAACAAAUAAUAGUGAUUUAAAUAUUUUAACAAAUUCUAUUCAAGUUUUUCAUAUAUCUAUUGCAGAUAAUAGAAAAUUAGCUUUUCAAUUAGGAAUAUUUGAUAGUUUUCUUUUCAGUUUAUGUGAACAACAUAUAAUUAGUACAUAUAGUGGAUUUGGUCGAGUUUCAGCUUUUGCAUCUUUAAAAUUACGAAAUAUUUAUUCAUUAUUUAUUGGUGAAAAACCUUUUUGUGAAAAUCAAAGUUUACCACUUGUAAUUGCUGGUCAUCGAUGGGCAGGUAUUUAA